AUGUUUGUAUCAUUAAAUAACUCUCAACAUUCAGUAUAUUGGCUUGAUUGUAUUGGUAUUCAUCCACAAACAAAAUUACGUAGUACAUAUGAAAUAAGUCUUCAAUCAGCAAAUUUAAUGACAUGUUUACAUGCUAUGAAUGAAUGUCUUCAAGGACAAUUUUAUGUUAUUACAACUAAUCAUGUUACAUCAUCUUAUUUAGCUUCCAAAAAUGUCAUCUAUGCAACAUUACAAACACUUAUAGAAAACAAUAUAUUUUGUCUAUCAUCAUUGCCAAUUCAUAAAGAAUUCGUCUAUGUCUAUAUAAGAGCAAUGGACACGAGCAAUAGCAAUUAUUAUUGCACAGCAUCAAAAAGAAAUGCAAUCCGAUGGUAA